CACACACUCACUUUCAUCCGGAGAGCGAGGCAGCCACACCAGCCCGCGAGGAAACGAACGAGCGAGCGCGUCAGGCAAGGCAGGCAGGGAGCACCGCCCACCGCUCAGUGCGAGGCGCGAGACAGCCAACGAAGACCCACAGAGGGGAAAAGUGCGCGAAUCCCGGAAAGAGAGAGAAAGAUGCAUAUCCCGGGUGCUCUAGCGUUGUUGGUGGCAGUGGUGGCGUCUGUGUGCGAGGGCUUCCCCGAGGGCGCUCCCAUCGAGGCCUGUCUCUACGGUAACAAGCCCAACCACUACGGCACCAAGGCCAAGCCACCCCAGGACAGCAAAGUCAAGUUUUUCGCUACCGACUCCUACUACGAGCCUGGCGCUGUGAUCUAUGUGCACAUACAGGGAGGCCAUCCUUUCAAGGGCUUCUUCGUGCAAGCCCGCGACGCAAAUACCAAGGAGUGGAUUGGCUCCUUCCAAGGAAACCAAGACCUGGAGUCCUACCCCGAGUGUUCCGCCGUGACCCACAAGACCCGGCGGCCCAAGUCUGAGGCGGUGCUGGCGUGGCAGGCCCCAGCACACGGCAGCGGCGAGGUGUUCUUCACAGGCACGGUGCUGGAGAACUACGGCAGCUACUGGUCGGACAUGGUCGCUCAAGUUCCCAGGCAAGGGCUUGGGGAGCGUGGAGUGAGUGGGAAGCGUGGGGGGAGUGGGGGACUUGGGCGUCCCCACCUCGGUUGAGGCCGCCUCCCGAAGUGAGGAUCGCCGGCCUCCACACACCUAGGGAGGCCAAGGAGCAGCGAGCACCCGCUUCAGCUCCACAUCAUCUACAUUACUCAUUUCCGCUUCAAGACCGCAUACAUUCCUAAACUUGUCUCCACGAUGAUAUGUGAUAUUUUCUGAAUAUUUUACGUACGUAUGCAUAACUUAAGAAAAUCGCUCAUAUGUGUAGGAUGCGCGAACAUGUCUAGUAGUAUUGACGCAACACGGGCAGGCCAGCAGGUGAGCCAAGCAGCGCCCACCAGCCACACCAACCCUAGUUGACUGACGCGCGCUGUGGCCCAACAAGUGAACGAAGCUUCGAUAUCAUUAGAAACAAACCACCGCCGCUGAUGAGAUCUAGUGUCUCAUACGAUUAUACCCUUCACCACACACACACACACACACACACACAGCAUUUACAACUUAUAAUUCUAGCUAGAGUCAGGGUUUUUUUUUUUUUUGCGUUUACCCACUUUUCUAAACCUAGACGUUAGUGAGGAAAAAUAAAAGUACACAACUGUUACAAAGUAGGAAUUCACCUGGUUAAUAGCAUUUCGUACCAUUAUUUCCUAUGUGGCCCUCUUUAUUCAUAUAUUUUUUUUAAAUAUUUGUUUAUUUAUUAAUUUGUCUAUUAUUUUUUCUACAUUUUCUUAGCUAAGUUUUCCUCAUACAGCUUAUAGUCCCCGAUCCUCCCUCUCCUCCUUCCCCUCCCUCUCUCCCUCCCCCUCCUUCUCUUCCUCCUUCUCCUCCUCCUUCCCCACCACCUUGCCCCAGAUCACCAGCACUCCUUCCUCACUCUCACCAUCCCCAACCAACGUGUCCAAUAAAAUUAUUUACAAAUUA